UAAAGCCCGGGAGGCAGUGUUGAGGCUGGGGCUGGGGCUGGGCUAGCCUGCCUCCCUCCCUCCCGCCUGUCUACCCGCCUCCUCUCCCAAGACCGGCCUCCAGCCCCUCGGUGCCGCAGCCUGCUCGCGGAACAACUGGCACAGCUGGCGCGAGCCCCAGCUGCCAUGGACUCCAACGGAGACUUUCUGGCGCUGCACGGCCUACAGGAUGAUGGGGACCUGAAAUUCCUCCUGAAAGGCUCCCAGCUCCAGAAAGUCAAGUCCAGCUCAUGGCGGAGAGACAGAUUCUACAAACUCCAGGAAGAUUGCAAGACGAUCUGGCAGGAGUCCAAGAAAAUGAUGCGCUCUCCAGAGUCCCAGCUCUUUUCCAUUGAAGACAUCCAGGAGGUAAGGCAGGGCCACCAGACUGAGGGCAUGGAGAAGUUUGCCCGGGAUGCCCCUGAACCCCGAUGCUUCUCCAUCAUCUUCAAAGAUCAGAGGAGCAACCUGGACCUCAUUGCGGAUUCGGAGGCGGAAGCCCAGCAUUGGGUGGAGGGGCUCCGCAAGAUCAUUGUGCACGCAGGCGCCAUGAACCAGAAGCAGCUACUCCAGCACUGGAUUCACUCGUGUCUUCGGAAGGCGGAUAAGAACAAAGACAACAAGAUGAGCUUCAAGGAGCUGAAAAACUUCCUGAAGGAAAUAAACAUCCAGAUGGAUGACAGCUACGCAAGGAAGAUCUUUCGGGAAUGCGACAAAUCGCAUACGGAAUCCUUGGAGGAUGACGAGAUCGAGGCAUUUUACCGGAAGCUGACCCAGCGGGAAGAGAUCGACAGGCUCUUCGAGGACAUCUCGGGCUCGCAGGAGACCCUGUCUGUGGAGCAGCUGGUGACCUUCUUACAGCAGGAACAGAAGGAAGAGGAGGCCAGUCCCCAGCUGGCCCUAACCCUCAUUCAGAGAUACGAGCCCAGCGAGGCCGCCAAGGAGCAGAAGCAGAUGACCAAGGACGGCUUCCUCAUCUACUUGUUAUCCGCCGACGGGAGCGCCUUCAGCCCGGCCCAUCGGAAGGUCUACCAGGACAUGAGCCAGCCGCUCAGCUCCUACUUCAUCUCCUCCUCCCAUAACACCUACCUGAUGGAGGACCAGAUCACCGGGCCGAGCAGCACAGAGGCCUACAUCCGGGCCUUGUCCAAAGGCUGUCGGUGCGUGGAGCUGGACUGUUGGGACGGCCCCAACAUGGAGCCGGUGAUCUACCACGGCUACACCUUUACCUCCAAAGUGCUCUUCUGUGAUGUCAUCAAGGCCAUCAAGAAUUAUGCCUUUAAGGCGUCGCCUUACCCAGUGAUCAUCUCCUUGGAGAAUCACUGCAGCCUGGAGCAGCAGAAGGUCAUGGCCCACCAUCUCCGCACCAUCCUGGGGAGCCUGCUGCUUGACAGGCCCGUGGACGACCUGGUGACACACUUCCCCUCCCCCGAGCAACUGAAGGGCAAGAUCUUGGUGAAGGGGAAGAAGCUGGGGGGCCCGCUGGCCAGCCUGGGGCCCUCCGAGGCCGCCGACGUCUCGGACGAGGACGAAGCAGCCGAGAUGGAGCACGAGGCCGUGAAGAUCAAAGUGAAACAGAAGCGCUCGAACGACACGCUCAAGCUGGCCAAGGAGCUGUCCGACCUGGUGGUUUACUGCAAGAGCGUUCACUUCGAGGGCUUCUACAGCUCCGCCUUCUACGAGAUGUCGUCCUUCUCGGAGAACCGAGCUUUCAAAAUGGCGCAGGAGUCAGGAAACAGCUUCAUCCAUCAUAACAUCAAGCACCUGAGCAGGAUCUACCCGGCCGGCUGGAGAACCGACUCGUCCAAUUACAGCCCCGUGGACAUGUGGAACGUGGGCUGCCAGAUCGUGGCCUUGAACUUCCAGACACCAGGGGAAGAGAUGGACUUGUACCAAGGCCGUUUCCAGGACAAUGGACUCUCCGGCUACGUUCUGAAGCCCGCCUUCCUUCGGGACCCCAACUCCAAGUUCAACCCCCGGGCUGUGGCCGAGGGGCCGUGGAGGGAGCUCACCAGACUUCGAGUCCGGGUCAUCUCAGGGCAGCAGCUGCCCAAAGUGAACAAGAACAAAAAUUCGAUUGUGGACCCCAAGGUGACCGUGGAGGUUCACGGGGUCAUCAAUGCCAGCAAGCAGACCCCGGUGGUGGACAACAAUGGCUUCAACCCCCGGUGGGACAAAGAGUUCCACUUUGAGGUGGCCGUCCCCGAGCUUGCCCUGGUCAGGUUCCUGGUGGAAGAUUAUGACGCUUCUUCCAAGAAUGACUUCGUGGGCCAAUGUACCAUCCCCUUCUACAGCCUCAAGCAAGGUUACCGCCAUAUCCACCUCCUGUCCAAGAAUGGGGACCAGUAUCCGUCAGCCACGCUGUUUGUGAAGAUUAACACUGAGAACUAAGGGGAGUGGAGGCCCUGGUCAGCCUCCUUGGCAGGACUGGCGAGAGGCUAAGAUUUGCCAAGAUCCAGUGGUCCUUUGCCCACUUGGCGCCCUGCUGGAUCUUCCAGAAAUGAGGCCCUGGGCCAUCCGGGGCUCAGGAGAAGGGAAAGGUGGAGGCUGAAUGAAAGAAAAUGUGCCUGACUAGGCCCCGACAAUGAUUUGAAGAGCCCUGGGCUGUGGAACCGGAACUUGGGGAUCCCUCUCCGUCUACCCAGUGGGUCUGGGAGACGUCCCUUCUCCCCCCCCCCCCCCCCCCGCCCCGAACUAAAGGGGCCUCGAGAUCUGGGAGUGCAAAUGCCUUCACCUGCAGACGGCCGGCCGCUUGCUCUCGCUCCCAUGGAUCCUGCGGCCCCGAAGGGCUUUGAGUCUUUCUCCGGCCCCGCCUUGGGUGGUACCACAAGGAGAUGGGGGUCCGGCCCUUGGGAUGGCGAGGAGGAAGAGACCUUUGACCUGGAGGGAGGGGGGAGCUGUCCCCUGAGUUCCGUCCGGGUGAAUUCGAUAGAAACGUUACACUACAGCUGUCCCUGUGCCUGGACGCCUGCUUUGAGUUUUAAUAAAGUUAGACGACCUCACGCUCCAGCGA